AGGAAGAAGAUGGCGGUAGAAGAAGGAGAACGGUUUCUGAGAAGAGUGAUGGUGCUGCAGGCAUGUGUUCGUGGUCACCUCAUCAGGAAAAAGUUUCAAAGCUUAACGGGAGAGUAUGAGAGCAUUGUAAAGCAGAUUGAAGGGAAUCUGGAUCAGCUGCAAUGGAGUCAACAUGCCAUACCAAAGCCUGUGUUUCUCUCAAAGUCUGCUCAGAAGCCACGUCAAGGAAGGGAAUUAAGUGGCCAACAGGCUGGAUUCAACAAGAACGGCAGUGCCCACAAUGAGGAGCAGAAGCUUAGUCGUCAAGAAAUGUUACAAACCAAAACUGACUGUGACUGUGAGAUGCCGCUUCCAAGCCAGCUUCUGGAUGAAACAGCUGCAGAAGUAGGGGCUGGUGAUGUGAGGCCUGAUCCAGAGCAUCCUGCAGCUGAGCUCCUUGGGAAUGCCUGUGUCCUGCCAGGAGAGAAUGCAGAAGGCAAAGACUGCAGCAAUGUGUCAUCCGAAUGGGGCAGCCUUAUCCUGGAGAUGGAGUCUCCCAGUCUGAGCCAAGAACUCCGUUUCCAAGGGGUGCCAGAGAUGCCCCAAGCUCUGCCUGACCUUCAGUGCUACCGAAAACACCUGACCAUGGAACUGCUGUGGCUGCAACAAGCCAUUGUCAGCCGUAAGAGUUAUCUGAACCUGAAAGAGAGACUUGUGGAACCAUGAGUAACUGAAUGCUAUUUUGUGGACAUGUCCCAAGGUCCUUGUGUACACAGACUUGGAAGUUCACCCUCCAUUGCCAACUGCUGGAGAAAAGAGUGUUGGAAGGCACUACCUCCAUGGCAGCAGGCAGGUCCUUGUAGCUCUUUGGAGUUAACCACUCCACGUGGCCUCCCUGGAUCCUGAUUGCACUCAACUUCAACACUUGCAAGAGCAGCGACAAAGCUUACCUGUGGACUUCUCAAACCAAAGAUGUGCUUAUGGUUGGGUGUUUUAUGAACAGGUACCUUAUGGAGGUCUGGCUUACAUCCUAAUGAACAGGACUGGAACUGCACUGGAAGAAAGCUAUGUCCCCCUCCCUCCUCCUUCUGCAGCCUUCUGCGCUUCCCAAAACUGUUCUCCUGCAGAUCAGUGGACCCCCAGGAACACUAUUGGAAGGUGUAGGAGGGGGAAAUCGGCAGAAAUAAGCCUCUUCUCCAACACCAACAGAUAUGCCAUUCUGCUUGGAAUUACCCUGAUGGAACGGCAGCUGGGUAGCCAAAGCAAUAUUUCUACAGGCUGAUUUUAUGCAGCCUUUGAUGGAGGGAAAUCCAAGCUGAAAUUUCAUGUUUAGCAACUUUUGCUGAACUAGCUGGUAUUUGGUCCCAGUGUGUUGACUGUUAUUGCAUAUGGGGUACUGGAAAGGAGCCACAUCUCUGUAAGCCUCAAGUUGUAGACAAGAGCUUUGUGGUUGCCAGUGUCCCGACUGCUGAGCGUCCAGCUUAGAAACUUUUGGAAUUUCACUGUGAAUUCUCCCUCUGAACCCCAGCUCUUCUCUGGACUUUCCACGGGUGGAAUAGUCUUUCUUUUUGCACCUGCAGAGGUAGAUAUGUGUUUAAAUCAGCCCUGUUGUGCAGUUGUCUGCUCUGCCUUUCUUUCUGUCAUCAGCCACCAUUACUGGUACAAUAUUUGGACUAUGGAGUUGGUAGUAAAAAAUGUCAACACAUUUUUUUUUCUUAUUUCUGUUUUGAAUUAAAAAAAAAUUCACUGUGUGGAGUAUGCUCUUUGUAUCUUCAAGUGCAUUGCCCCAGCAUGAAAAUUAGAAGAGGUCUUCAUGCAUUAAUUUGGUCAACCUACACCUUGCCAUCAAGUCCUUUCGAGAUUUCUAUUAUUUUCCCUCCUGUCUGUUGAGUUGCUGCAGCUUUGCGGAACUCCCUACCACCAGAUGUCUACCUGGCCAGCUUGUUCUAGAUUUUGGAAAACGGAUGAAUAUUUCCCUGUAUUGUGAAAGCUUGUAAUUGAAUUGGUACUGAUGCAUAUCCAAAUGUAUCAGUGGGAAAUCUGCCCCAAAGGAGCCUUGUCUUGCUGCUCAGUAAAUACAUGACAUAAAAACACCC